GGAAGGUGACAAAAGUGAAGAAUUAGAUGAUAAAAUAAAAGGUAACAAAAGGGAAGAAUUAGAUAAUAAAAGGGUAGAUGACAAAAGGGAAGAAUUAGACGACAAAGAGGAAGGUGACAAAAAAAAAGAAUUAGACAAUGAAGGUGUAGGUGACAAAAGAGAAAAAUUAAAAGUCGAAGGGGAAGGUGACGAAAGGGAAGAAUUAGAUAACGAAGGGGAAGGUGAUAAAGGAAAGGAAGAAUUGGAUAAUGAAGAGGAAGGCGAUAAAAAGAAGAUAAAAGGGAGUAAUAAAGGGCAAGAUGAAAAGGAGUGA